CAGACGCUUCAACAUCGGUUAGACAGCCUACACCUGUUCAACGUCUGCAAACGACGUGGAAACACCGGUUGAAAUGGAGAAAUCUAAAAAUUUCCGCAUCGAUGCGCUUCUGGCUGUUGAUCCACCGAAGGUGCAGACAUCUCCACUGGCGCUUGUGACUUCUUUAUCCUCCUCUUCCAUUUCGUCGUCAGGAAGUGUACCAACUUCAGAAAUGAAUGCCGACUCUUUACGGACUGAGACGCCGUCUCCACCGAGGAUUUCCUCCUGUGGCUUAAUUCCUAAACCCGGCUUCUUGAACAGUCCCCACAGUAUGGUUGGAUUAAAUCCACAGAGCAGUGCAGGGCUACCUCCUCAGGCUCUAUAUGGCCACCCUAUGUAUACUUACUCCUUAGGGCAGCACCCUGCCCUAUCCUACUCAUAUCCGCAUGGGUCGCAUCACCACCAUCCAAGCGACUCUCUCAAACUCUCUGCCGGGACAUUUCAGCUCGACCACUGGCUGCGAGUCUCCACUGCAGGAAUGAUGCUACCGAAGAUGCCAGAUUUUAAUUGUGAGUAUUCUCAGGCCCAGUCAAACCUACUUGGAAAGUGCAGGAGACCAAGGACUGCAUUCACAAGUCAACAGCUACUGGAGCUGGAGCAUCAAUUCAAACUAAAUAAGUAUCUUUCGAGACCAAAGCGCUUUGAGGUAGCUACAUCCUUGAUGCUGACGGAAACGCAGGUGAAAAUUUGGUUCCAGAACAGGCGAAUGAAGUGGAAACGGAGCAAGAAGGCCAAAGAGCAAGCUGCGCAGGAAGCUGAGAAACAGAAAACCAACAAAAACGGCCAGGAGAAACCCGAUGGACAGGAACAAACGGAUUAUCAAAAGACUGAUUCUGCCAAAAGUAACAGAAUAAGAGACUUCAGGGACAGUGACGAGGAUGAAGGUGAAAACUUCCUGUACAACUCUUCGGACUGCUCAUCAGACGACGAGAGAAACCACACUAGUGAUUUAAGUCCUCAACCUUGAACAAAGGGCAAGAAACGUGUCUUUUUGAAUAGUUAGGCCUACACGCAUAAAUGUGACUGGAAUUUCCCCCAAACUACAGCAGCAUGUACAAUAAUAUCAAUCUUCAAUCACCUGGAAAAUCGUAAAUGAAUUAGAUCAUUUGGGAAAUGCUAAAGGCCUGACUGAGAUCCAGUGAGCUCAGAAUGGUCCUAGGAUGCGAGGUUAGAUAUACGUUUAAGAAUGCAGUAUUAAGAUACAAUCUGCUAUUUGUAACUUUGCAUGGUGUUAUGUGCCAGUGUCAUGUUUUCACUCAUUUGGUUUGGGAUCCUGAUGUCCAGUAGGCUGGUCUACAAUGGGUUCUUUACUAGGGGUUUCGCCAUUUUGAUAUGGUGAAAAGUUGAAAAUUCAGACAGUUGAAAAUCAUUAAUUCUUGUAUUUUCUGUUAUCUAACGUUUUCGAACUUUGUGUGGUGUUACACUUCUGUUAUGUUGUGUUAAAUAGCAGAGAAAUAGCAGAAACAUGUGUUUAUUUUUGUAUACUCUAUUUAUAAAAUGGCUAUACCAUUGCAUGCUAAUUUAUUGUUAACCGU